UUCUUUGUAAUUUCUUUUCUUUUCUGUCUUUCAUUAUUUGAGUUUGGUAGAUUCAAAUUUGAUUAUAAAUAUACUAGCUUUCAUCUUAGAAACCCAUUCACAUUGUUUCUUUCGAUCAAAGAGAAGAAGAAGUAAAAAAACACUCAUUUACUGAGUUUGAGCGAGAGAUCCAAGCAAUGGCAACCAACGGAGAUCACCAAAAGGCCCCUCCAACUCCAUCUCCUCUAAGGAAUUCUAAAUUUUUUCAGUCCAAUAUGCGAAUCCUUAUUACUGGAGGAGCUGGGUUCAUUGGCUCCCACCUUGUAGAUAAGUUGAUGGAAAAUGAAAAAAACGAGGUUAUUGUUGCUGAUAACUACUUCACCGGUUCAAAAGACAACAUAAAGAAGUGGAUUGGUCACCCAAGAUUUGAGCUUAUUCGACACGAUGUGACAGAACCACUGCUGAUUGAGGUUGAUCGAAUAUACCAUCUUGCCUGCCCUGCAUCUCCAAUUUUCUACAAACACAACCCAGUAAAGACGAUAAAGACAAAUGUCAUUGGCACUUUAAAUAUGUUGGGACUUGCAAAGAGAGUUGGAGCCAGGAUUUUGUUGACAUCGACCUCGGAGGUGUAUGGAGACCCUCUUGUGCAUCCCCAGACUGAAGAUUAUUGGGGAAAUGUGAACCCGAUUGGUGUCAGAAGCUGCUAUGAUGAGGGAAAGCGUGUUGCGGAGACUUUGAUGUUUGAUUAUCACAGACAGCAUGGCAUAGAAAUUCGCAUUGCCAGAAUUUUCAAUACUUAUGGACCCAGGAUGAAUAUUGAUGAUGGACGUGUUGUCAGCAAUUUCAUCGCUCAAGCACUCCGAGGUGAAUCUUUGACAGUUCAAGCUCCUGGAACUCAAACUAGGAGUUUUUGCUUCGUUUCCGACAUGGUUGAUGGCCUUAUUCGCCUCAUGGAAGGAGAAAAUACAGGACCCAUUAACAUUGGAAACCCAGGUGAAUUUACAAUGAUGGAACUCGCCGAGACAGUGAAGGAGUUGAUUGAUCCUGACGUGAAGUUGAAAGUUGUGGAGAAUACACCAGAUGACCCACGUCAAAGAAAGCCAGACAUCUCAAAGGCGAAGGAGUUGCUCAGAUGGGAACCAAAGGUCAGUCUGCGCGAGGGUCUUCCUCUAAUGGAAGAAGAUUUUCGACAGAGGCUUGGAGUCGCCAAGAAGAAUUAACUGCCGCACCAUAAACAUAUGAACAGAGAGAAACUACAAGAGUUUUGCAGCCAUUUGGCCUAGUGUGUGUUUCUAUUUGAUAUUCCAUCAUCAAAAAAAGAAGUAAAUGGUAUCAACUUACUUCCUACUUAGUUUAUCAAGUACAUUGUGUUUAAAUAUGGUAUGAAUAUGAUAUAUGUUAUUUGGUUCCUGUAAAAUGAGAGAGGUUCCCUAGCUCAUCAAUUUCAUUACUAUGGCUAUAAUAGUGAAAUCCAUGUGCUUCAGUGGGUUAAGAUUCAUAAAUGGAUAGAUUUUACUUUAAA